AUGCUAAUACCCACCUCUCCCACAAGGCCGCGUGCCGGCGUCGACGCGGCCGGUUCCGGAUCCCUUUGUGAGGGCCGCGGGCGGCGCCGGACGGCAGCACCAUGAGCGGCUCGGCCGGGGCGGCUGCGGCGUCCGCCAGCUCCGCGCCACCCGCGCAGGAGGAGGGCAUGACGUGGUGGUACCGCUGGCUGUGUCGCCUGUCGGGGGUGCUGGGGGCCGUCUCUUGUGCGGUCUCUGGCCUCUUCAACUGCGUCACUAUCCACCCUCUGAACAUCGCGGCUGGCGUGUGGAUGAUCAUGAACGCCUUUGUCCUGCUGCUGUGCGAGGCACCCUUCUGCUGCCAGUUCGUGGAGUUUGCAAAUACGGUGGCAGAGAAGGCGGACCGGCUGCGCGCCUGGCAGAAGGCUGUCUUCUACUGCGGGAUGGCCGUGGUUCCUGUCGUCAUCAGCCUCACCCUGACCACGCUGCUGGGCAACGCCAUCGCCUUUGCCACGGGGGUGCUGUACGGACUCUCUGCUCUGGGCAAAAAGGGCGACGCCAUCUCCUACGCCAGGAUCCAGCAGCAGAGGCAGCAGGCGGACGAGGAGAAACUGGCGGAGACCCUGGAGGGGGAGCUGUGAUGGGGCUGGGGCGCCCUCCCCUCCGCUCCUCUGGUUCCGUGAGCGACACCCGGAUGAGGCUGGGACGUCGACCCUGAGGGACAGUCUGGCAGAG